AUGAACAAAUAAUUUUAGAAAUGAUCAAAUUGAUUGGAAAAGCUGCAUAUCAAAAAAUUACAGAUAUUCUCAAAUAUGUUUUAUCUAAACUUAUAAUCGAUAGUAAUUUGGACUCAUCAAAAUCAAUAUUAUAUCUUCGAAUUCCUG